CUUUCUUGUUUCCCUGUCACUUUCAUCUAAUUUCAACUUUCAAGCAACCGUCAUUCCCAUCAAUAUUUCUUCGUUCCUCUCCUUUUCAACUCUCCAUGGAAAUACCCGCUCAAUUUUGAUCUUCAAAUCGGAUCUUCGCCCUUUUCCUCGCUUAUGCUUCUCUUCUUUGCAAUUAUCUUGCAACGCCAUUUACAAUGGUAGUCAUUUCAUCAUCAUCAACAUCAUCAUCAUCAUCUUCUUACAAUCGAUUUCUUCAUGAUCUAAGCUGUUUUCGAUCUCGGAAUUCUGGAAGAUUUUCUAGAACUCUAUUAUUUUCUCCUUUGCAUUUCCGUUUCCGUCAGAUGCGGCCUACUAAGAUUUGGAAGCAAGGACACUAUUUGAAGCAUGAGUUGGUUCAAACUAAGUCCAUGGAUGAGGGUUCUCUGGGCAUAUCUUCAUUUGGUGACUGGGGAAACAAUGAAGGGCCUAGUGACUACAUGUUUUUCUCAAGUGAUGGAGAAGAUAGCGACGGUGAGAUUCUGGUGACAUCCAUGAAUGAUGUAGAUAUGCCAAAAAUAAAAAAACAGUUUGUAACUGCGGAAGAUGCUUUAAUGGCUACAGCCUCCAGGCUUGCCUUGCUCGGGAGAAUGCAUAAGAAAAACAGGAUUACACAUGGAUUUGUUUGCAAUGUGGUACUGAUUGCCUUCUUGACAACAUGUAUUGCAUUUAUAGACUGGUGUGCUUGGCGUAUUGUUAGACAGCCCUUUGAUGCUUUUUACUUUAUCUCACCCUUUUUAGCCUCUGCAUUCUUAGUAGCAUGUGCUGGCUACAUAUCUGUUCCAAUACUUAAAAGAUUUAAUACUCGCCAGAAAUUUAGAAGGAAAUGGCCUUACAUGUAUUACUCCGAAAAAGGAACACCUACAAUCGGUGGAGUGUUCUUCAUACCCAUCGGGAUUGCUGUUGCUAAAGUUAUGGGUGGUUCUUCAGCAGAGUUUUCCAGUAUUUUACUAGUGACUCUGGCAUAUGCAUUGGUUGGCCUUCUUGAUGAUGCAAUUGGACUCAUGAAGCCUCACAGUUUUGGAUUAUCAAAAGAGACAAAGCUUUUGUUGGAGGUAGCUGUUGCAGCAUGGUUUUCAUUUCAGCUUUACACCAAAAAUGUAUCAUCACCUUAUGGCAUGAAAAUGGUGAUCCCAGUGCCUGCACCUGUUGGCGUUGUGAAUCUGAGAGGAUACUAUCUUUUGUUGAUUGUAUUUACUUUUGUUUUUAUGGCCAAAGGUUAUAAAUCAAUCGAUGGGAUGGAUGGAUUUGCUGGAGGUACCUCAGCAUUGGCAUUUGUUGCAAUGUCGGUGGCAGUUCUUCCAAUUUGUUCAGGUAUGUUGCAACCAACAGUUCAUAAGACGUGUGCUUUUGUAGUUGUUGAUAGUUAUGUCCUUUCCAGUUGGUAAGAAGUUUGCUAGUAUUCUAAAGUUUAUAUAAUGGCUGAAGCUUAUAUUCUUGCAUUGAGGCAGCCCUUCUCAAUAGAAGAGGGCUUCAAAUUUCUUCAAGGCUUGGUUGGGACAACUAUCUUGUUCCUAUAUUUGUGGCACUUCUUUUUUUAGGGACCUUCUUAUCGAUAAGAAUGUUUGAAAGACUGGUGUAUAUCGCAUUAAAUUUUCUGCGUACUUGGGAUGUAGGAUUCAUGCUGCCAGCACAAAAUCCGUCAAAUGUGGGCAUUGUAAAUACUCUAACAAGAGUUUUAGUUAUAGAUGUAUUUGAUGUUGUCUAUACUUUCCUUACACUUUGCUUUUCUAUGGUGGUCAAAAAGCCUCAAGGUUAAUUGGCUUAGGUAAUUUCCAAGAGUUUCAUCUUGCUUGUAGUCAACAACAUGCUCAGAGUUUCAUCUUGGCUUAGUGCCUUUCCACAUUAAUGUUUCUCCAUUGAUCAAAGUUCAUGGGAAAGAAAGAUAUGUGAUGUAUAUAUACAAUAUCAUGAAAGAUGUGUAUAGGGAGGUCCAAACCGCAACUUGAAUAUUUCCAAUCAUGGUUGGUAACUUGGUAUACAUUAAGGUUUUGGUUUAAGUUUUUUCUGUUUAAGGCGUUCCUAGAUGAAAUAACGAGACCUAUCCAGGGGAAGUUUUAUGAUGCAUACUGUAUGUAUGAUAUUGUAUCAGUUGAUGAAAUUAGAGAUAGGGUUAACAUUGUGCUAUAGAUGUAAAGGUACAUGUUAGAAUCAAAAAGUUUAAACUAAGUCCAAAUAGACAUAAUAAAUGAAAUUACUUUUUGGCAUGAAGGAUCUUAGCAGAGUUGUUAUAAAGUUAGAUAGAAAGGUACUCUUAAUAAGUGAGUGUUUCGAAAACCUUGACUCAAAUUUUCACGAAUUAUUGAUCCAGAUGUAGACCAAGGAUUUGUGGCUCAAAUACAGAGUUGCUAUCGGAAUACUAUUCAACCAAGGUGUGUCCUAAAAUUUAAGGAAAAAUUCUACCACAUUGUCCUUAGACCAAAACUAAUACAUGGAUUAGAAUGUUGGGUUUUGAUAAUAGAUUAUUGUAGGAAGAUGUGGGUACACGAAAUGCGUAUGUUAAGAAGAAUGAGUACACAUAAUACAAAAGAUAGAAUUCAAAAUAAAGACAUAACAAAGAGUGUUGGAAUCACAAAUCUUGACAAAAAAAUGGAACAAAACGUUCAUUUUGGUUUGCUCGUGUGUAAAAAAGACUAAAAUAAAAGUGGAAGAUUGAAAAUUUGGAGUGCUUAAAGAAGGAAGAGAUAUACUGAAGAAGACGAGGAUAAUGUGAAUGAAGAAUGACAUGAAAAAUUGGUAUUUGCAUGAGCAUAUGUGAUGAUGAGAGGUGGAAAUAGAGGAAGAGAAUAUAUGUGGAUUAUCGUGAGAAUUGGUUUUUGUAGUUGUAGAAUGUAGUUUAGUGCUACAUAGGAUUGAAUAAAGUAUAUUCUUUUGUAUCGAUCAUGUAGUCUACUCCAUAAAUGGGAUUAAGGCUUUGUCUUUGUUGGCUUGUUGCUGUUUUUCUCAUCUCAUUAGGGGUUAAGUUUAGUUAUUUCACCAUGUUCAAGGAACUAUUUAGGUGUAAAGCUUUGAAUCUUUGAUAUUCCCUCCUAUUUAGAUCAAAUAUCCCAUUUGCUUUUUGGCACUAUUCACAAAUCACUCUAGUUUGUAUUUUAUUCUCAAUCUAUAAAUUAAAAAACAGUCUAGUGGUAUCUUGUAUGAUUCAUUUCAAUGUAAAUUAUAUUAACAUUAAAGUUUUAUAUUUGUUAACGAAGCACAAUAAGAGAUAUUUAGGAUUGAAAGUGUAUCGGAAAAUGUGCAAAACCAAAUGGCACAUAUGAUUAGGAUAGGAGGGAGUAAUAUUUUUACUCUUUUGUUCCUCGCUUAACACUGAUGGCUCUAUCCAGAACCCUGAAACUUACCUCUAUUUUUCUGCCAAGUCCAUGAUAUGUCUACUUUAUACGAGCUGUGUAAUGAACUGUCAUAGCCAUGGAUGGUUUAGAAUAACUAAUUGGCAGAAUUAAUAGUGAAGUACAUAAACAAUGAUAGAAAAAUGUGUGUGAACUGAUGAACUUGAAUGUAUAACCAAGAAUGUUGAUGAAUGAAUGUGUAAAUGAAUGUAAUGUAAAUCGUAUGAUGAAUUGUAACCUAGAAAGAUUACAAUGAUAGUACAUACUUUUGAGAGGCUUGUGGCUCUACAAUAUGAGUCAAGAACUCAUUACAAAUCUAUUAUAAAUGAAUGAAUCCUUAUUUCCUACCUUUCCUAUUUAUGAUACUUUAUUAUUCCUUAAACUAACUACUUAUAACAAUUUGUUUGGUAAUUCCUAUGUUACCCCUCCUAAGCCAUUCAUUACAGUCUGAGCUUGUCCCUUAUCAUUAACUAACCAUCCUGAGUUGCUGUCUGUUUUUCCUUCGUGAAAGCUUUGGACCCGUUGAUACAUAAACUAACUAGCUGCAUGUGAUACUAUAGCACAUUAUUAAUUCUUAUCCUGAACUUUUACUUGUAAGUAGAUGUUUCCGUUUUUGGAACGUCGAUGGCAGGUGCUUGUGUUGGUUUUCUCCUGCACAACCGCUAUAAAUCAUCUGUAGCUAUGGGUAACACUGGUUCGUUGGCGUUGGGUGGAGCCCUUGCUGCAAUGGCUUCAUGUAGUGGC